GCCGGCGCCCGCUGGGUGUCCCGGGGCUGGGCCGGGCAGAGCCGUGCCGGGCCGGGCCGCCCUCUCUGCCUCCUCCUUCCCUCCUUCCUGCCGCCGUCCCUUCCCUCCCUGCCCGCUCCGUGAGGCGCCGCGGAGCUCCGCGGCCCGGCGCUGAGGGCUUUCCCAGAUCCGGCAGAGGACCAGAGCCAGCCAGUGGGCGGGGGAAAAAGGACUUGAAGAGAACUGAAGAUUUACACUGAGCUGUGUGUUGCUUCAGUGGGGAGAGGAGCUAUCUAAGACAGAAAGAUGCGUGAGUACACUGAAAAGAAGGAAACAUGCGGGACCAUCUGUCUCAAGUACUUGCUCUUCAUCUUCAACUUCUUUUUCUGGCUGGCUGGUGGGGCUGUGAUGGCAGUGGGCACCUGGACCCUGGCUGAGAAGAGUGACUACAUCAGCUUGCUCUCCUCCAGCACGUAUUCAGCAACUGCUUAUAUUCUGGUGGUGGCAGGGGUGGUUGUGAUGGUUACUGGCAUCCUUGGCUGCUGUGCCACCUUCAAAGAGCGUCGGAAUUUGCUAAGAGUGUAUUUCAUAUUGUUGCUGUGCAUCUUUCUCCUGGAGAUCAUUGCUGGAAUCCUGGCUUAUAUCUACUACCAGCAGCUGAGUAUGGAGCUGAAGCAAAAUCUGAAGAACACCAUGACCCAGAAGUACCGCAAAGAGGGAGAAGAGAGCGUUACCAGCGCAGUGGACAAACUGCAGCAGGAGUUCAAAUGCUGUGGGAGCAACAACUACACGGACUGGGCUGACAGCGUGUGGAUCAGAUCUUCCGAGGCCAGUGGACGGAAAGUCCCAGACAGCUGCUGUAAGACGAUAACCGACCUGUGUGGCCGAAGAGACCAUCCUUCCAACAUCUACAAAGAGAGCGGUUGUAUUACCAAGCUGGAAAACUUCAUUCAAGAGCAUCUGAAAAUUAUCGGUGCAGUGGGGAUCAGCAUCGCUUGUGUGCAGAUCUUUGGGAUGAUUUUCACCUGCUGCUUGUACCGGAGUUUGAAGCCAGAACCAUAUUAAUAGCUGUGGGAACUCUGUCAGCUCCCCCUCUGCCACUCCCUUAGUGCCUGCCAACCUCACUACCCUCCACCAUCACCACAGAAGAGUCUGCAACAUGAGGACUUGGCUCUACCAUUAAAUGCCUCUCGAACAGCCUUACUUGCCCCUUCAGGGGAAAGUCACCCUCCUCGUUGUGUACAAGGCAGCCGGGAGUGCAGCGGGUCCUCUUCAUUGUCAAGAAACAAAAGAGCUGCGGGUCUUCUGCUGGAAGCUUUAGCAAAACAGUCCCUUGAUUAUAACUACAAAGCAAGAUUUAUCUAGGGCCAUUUCUCUUGGGGCUCUUCCUGAGCCAACACGAAGGUAUCGGGAUGCUACGCAAGAACCACGGUUUGCUCUCUGAGAAGUGGCUCAGCAGCACCGGGCAUUGACUAUGAGGAGACAGAUGAUGUUUCUGCGCUGUGCUGGAGCCAGAGCUGAGUCUCUCAUACACUGAAGAUUUCUCUCUCCCCCCUUGCGUGUGUGCUGAAGUCCUAACACAGCUGAUCUCCAUAUGAGAGGAUGCCCGUCUGGUUGCCUGGGGCAGGAACUGCGCUCCCUGCUGCUCGGGAACACAACCUGGUGCGGCUGAAAUGUUGUCACAACUCCAAUGCUGCCACAAUGUGGGUGCCUUAGGAUUUCUCAGCAAUCCUUCCUUCUCUUCCUUGAAGCUUCCCUGCAACACAUUGCCAUCGGGAACCACAAGAAGCCUGCUGCCUCCUUGUGCUUCUAGAUCAAAGAUGUUGGACUGCUUUCUAAUUCUUUUAGGUCUAGUCUGGUUUAGGUAAUGGCUUCCAGCGUGAACGAGAAAACUCACGGUUGUUUCUUGCCUACCCCCUGCGAGAUUUGGUGAAGAACUGGUCUGUCUGUGGAACUGAGGUGUCUUGCUACCACUUGGCCUGUUUGGUUAGUGCAAAGACCUUAUCGCGUCUCUUGCAUGUUGAGACACACCCUGGGCUCGACGGUCUAAUUAAAACCUCCAGGCUUGUUCUCUCUUGGGUGGGAAAUGAAUAUAUACAAAUGUUGUAGCAGCCUCCAAGGAGCUCAUUAAUCAGAUGAGGGUUUUCUGGCUGUAAUGAGAUCUAGAAGCCAGCUUUCCAGACCAUCUCAGCAGCAACCAUUAGAGUCAGCUUCACCCAGUCACCCCAGUGUAUUUGGUAAAUUGGUAGUGCUGGGUUUAACUGUCUGAUUAAUUAAAUACAUUUAACUAUUAUUUUUGCACUGGGAUCCUGGAUGCAUACAGGACAUAGACAUGACUUGCCAUUGACUUAGUGCCACUGUCAUGCCAGCAGGGUCUUAGCCUGAAUUCAUAGGGUCUUCUGUGUCUCCCCUGUCCUGGGGCUUGGGUUGUUUUCUUCCUAAUUGUCCUGGAAAGGGUUCUCAUCGGGAAGUCUGCUUGGUAAAGCAGCAGUGUCUUGUUUUCACCAUCCCAAUAGGCCUGGUACAGCCGUGAAGCAGAAAAGGCUGCAGGGAUUUGAGGUUUUUAGGCACUGAAGACAAGCCCUUUUAUGAGCAAAGUAAUUUAUUCACUCUCUUGGCCUUUUGGUGGUGCCCUGUCCCUUGGCAGCAGGCAGUUAACACCUGCAAAAUCACCCAGACCCCUAAAGGGUCAUGCAGCGUUCUGGGGGUUUUGAUUCACAGAGCAGAAAUCCAGGACUGGCUCCUGCAGGGGGGCGAAGGGUGACAAGUUAAAAUUCUGAGCAGGUAAAUCUGAAACUCCCCCAUCAACAUUGGCACCGUGAAAUCCUUAACACUAAUGCAAAAAGAGAAGUGGAGGAGCUGAGCUGUAUCCUUGGUCCCACAGCAGUGGGAAAGAGGGGAAAGAAAUCUAAAUUAUUGUGUAAUGAUCUAAAGGAGAAACCUCUAAAUUAUUUCUUGUUUUAUAUUCAGGUUCCUGACAAGUAUUGACUACUAACUACAAGGAGAAUAUUGAGCAUGUUGCUUGAAGCAAUAUUUCUAGUUUCUUAAGCAUAUCUUCUUAGCUGCCUUUGCCUGUUCCCUUGAAAUACAUUGUACAGGGCUGGGAGAGGCCAGGAAGAAUGAGAUAGAAACAGCAAGUUGGCGUGUGUCUACUGAGUCGUUUUAUACUUUUUCUCUGUGUAAUAAUAUUCAUUGCUUUUUUUUUUUUUUUAACCCAGUUUAAGUUGCUGGCCAAUAGGAAAAUAAAGCUUACGAUUCUGUACUUACUCCGUGUAGCAAAAUGAAGGGGA